CGGUUACUGCGGCGGAUGUUGAUGUUUUGUUUCAGAGCUCUCAGAACGAUGUGAAACUGUAUCGUCUCCGGGACUGCUCGAUAUUUUUGUGGCCGUCUUCCCGAUACUUUUUGUCCUAUUUCUCUGUAAGGUUUCGCUGUUUGUCGGCAUCGUGUCUCUCCCGGUGUCUGUCCCGGGAAGCGCGAGGCCGAGUCGUGCGAUGAUGGAGGACUUUGAUGAGAUCUACGAAGAGGAGGAGGAGGAAGAGGAGGACGAGGACAGGGCCGCGGAAGAACAGCUCCUUAAGUACGCUCCGGACCCGGUAGUGGUGCGAGGGUCCGGUCACGUAACUGUGUUUGGACUCAGUAACAAAUUCGAGUCAGAAUUUCCUUCAGCACUUACAGGAAAGGUGGCACCAGAGGAAUUCAAAGCCAGUAUCAAUCGUGUGAACAGCUGCCUAAGAAAGACACUCCCGGUGAAUGUGCGGUGGCUUCUGUGUGGUUGUCUUUGCUGCUGUUGCACACUGGGCUUCAGUUUGUGGCCCGUCAUCUGCCUCAGCAAAAGGACAAGAAGAUCUAUAGAGAAACUUUUGGAGUGGGAGAACAGCAGACUUUACCACAAGUUGUGUUUGCAUUGGAGACUAAGCAAAAGGAAGUGUGAAACCAACAACAUGAUGGAAUAUGUAAUCCUAAUAGAAUUCCUACCUAAGGUCCCGAUCUUCAGACCGGACUAGCCUGACUACAGCUGAUCUGAAACUUCUUCUGCUGCCUGCCGCUGUCACAGAAUCAUGAUGGCUGUAAAGUUCCCAAAUUAUUACAGUUCCUUAAAUACUCCAGCAUUUAUGUUGACAUUUAUUCUCCCUGUUUUCUCUUGGAUCCAUUCCCUAUAACAUAUCUACAGCCUUGUUUACAAAUCCAGCAGCCCCAUACUUUUUUUUUGGGGGGGGGAGACAUCAACAUUGAACCUUGGCCAGCUGGGCAAACCUAUAUCAGCCUAUGGGAUGUGAGGGGAGAACCAGCCGUGGACAAUUUUCUUGAUCUUUGGAACUAUACCUGGAGACUAGACUCUCAAAUUGAGUUCUGGGAGCCACGACUGGAAAUUUGUCAUUUUUAUGUUUCCUAACCGAAGCACAUGGCACAGACAGACCAUGAGUAAAAAAAAUAUCAAUCAAUAAAACACUUUCAUAUGUUACACCACCAACUUCACCUGCAAAAAGUACACGCCAGUGCAUUUGUAACAGUUGGUUUGGUGCUUUCGAUUUGUUAAAGGCAGAGGAAGCAACGCAACACUGAACUUCAAAAGAGCCUUCAUCCAAAUUGACGCUGUAGCGGAACGUGGGGGUCCUGCGGGAACAUGUUGGGUCAGUGGCAAAAACAGCUGAACUCAAUGUCACUAUUCAAAUACCAGGCAUCCUCUGGCCUCUUUUCACAUCACUUCACUGUGCAUCAACCUAACCCAGUGACAAUCACACACUUUGACUGUACUGU